ACUUUCUCACCAAACCCAUGGAAGAGUGGCCAGAAGAGGUGCACCCAGCUGAAGGCCUGACUAUAGAUGACCCAGAGGUAAAGGGUAACCUGGUGUGUGCUAGUACAAUCAAGGAAUGUGAAGAUGUAGUGCUGGAGUUCCUGCAGUACUUCUCAUCCUGGUUUAAGCUUAAAAGAGCAGUGGCAUGGAUGCUUAAAGUCAAGAGCAUUCUGCUGCAACUGUGUCGCAAAAGGAAGGAGUUGAGUGCUGUUAAAGCUCAACCUGAAGUCGAGAGGGAUAUGAAAGGUUUCAAGGAUAGCCUGUUUCAAGGGGACACCAAUAAGCUAACUGUAGAGAACCUUGCCAAGGCUGAAGAAGCAAUCAUUCGCUACUGUCAAAGGAAGACAUUUCCCAAAGAGAUCACCGCGCUUUCUAAAGGUCAAGGGGUAAAGAGGACUAGUAGUCUUUUCAAACUGAGUCCAGUGCUUGAACAAGGCAUCCUCAGGGUCGGAGGGCGACUCAGCAGAGCGGCUCUACCCGAGGAGUCUAAGCGGCCAGCAAUCCUGAACAAGGAUCUUCACAUCACAAAGCUUAUCCUUAGAGAAAUACAUGAGAACUUGGCUCAUUGUGGUCGCAAUCAUGUUAUCUCCAAGUUGAGAACAAAAUUUUGGGUACCCGGUGCCAACUCUGCAGUAAGAAAAUUACUCGCUAGGUGUAUUGCCUGCCGGCGUGCGCAUGGAGUUGCAGGACAGCAGCAGAUGGCCGACCUACCCCGUGACAGAGUUCUGCCAGAUGACCCUCCAUUUACUAACUGCGGAGUGGACUACUUUGGUCCGUACGAGAUCAAACGUGGCAUUCAGUGGACAUUCAACCCUCCCUCAGGACCCCAUCAUGGAGGGGUCUGGGAGAGAUUAAUCAAGUCAGUGAAGAAAAUCCUUAACGUUACCUUGAGGCUGCAGACACUGGAUGAAGAGAGCCUGCAUACACUUCUGUGUGAGGCAGAAGCCAUUAUUAAUAGUCGGCCAAUAACCAAAGCGUCCAGCGAUCCAAACGAUCUGGAAGUACUCACUCCCAAUCACCUGUUGCUGCUCAGGAAUAAACCAUCUCUUCCUCCCGGACUGUUCGACAGGCAAGAUCUCUACGCAAGAAGAAGAUGGAAGCAAGUGCAAUACAUGUCGGAAAUAUUCUGGAAACGAUGGGCAAGGGAAUAUUUGCCGCAGCUUCAAGAGAGGCAAAGGUGGACCCGUCCAUCUCGCAACUUUUUGGUUGGAGACAUUGUGCUUAUUGUUGACGAUACAGCCCCACGCAACUCUUGGAUUACAGGGAAAGUAAUCCAUACCAUCUCGGACAAGGCAGGAAUGGUGCGGCAGGUUAGGAUCAAAACCAAAACGAGUGUACUGGACAGGCCCAUUACGAAGAUUUGCCUUCUGCAGGAAUCGGACUGACGUAAUCAACUGCAGAGACUGAAGUUUGUGUACCUUGGCUCCACAAGUUUAAUUUGGUAAUUGUGUAAUAGAGUCACAAUUAGGGGCCGGUAUGUGGGAGCCAAGUUAAGAUAGUUCAUAUGUUGUAGUAGUUAUAUUUCGCUGUUGUUAAGCUUGCUUGUGUAAUUAAUAAUUCAGGAAGUAAAUGCAUGUUUAUGGUGGAACUAAAAUUAUUUUAUUGCUGUGUUGGUUUGGUUACGUAGUAUCAUGAAUACAUGUGCCUUAAAGACUCGUGUUUACAGUAAAAUUUGGGCAUCACCGAUGUAUGCAAAUUAGCGCAUGCGGUGCGGGAGGGGGAAGAGAGAAAAAGAGUUAAUACGGUAUAAGCUAUACGCGGCAGCACGGCAGAACAGAGCCACACGGUUUUCCUACCGUAGUAGGUUAUUUUGUUGAGGAAGUUUUGAAGUUAAACCUGACCACUCCUGUAAGAUGCAAACUGUGGAAUAAAUUUUUGUUACAUCUUUUUACAACGGAGUCCCGUGGAGUUCUUUUCUUCUUCAAACUGACCUACGCGAGUGAAGCACGGGAAAACUGGUCUCACGGCUUGU